AUGAGGAUAAGAUUUUGUUUAUAUAAUGAAAAGGGAUUAUUUAAUAUGUCUUUCAGAAUUUACAACUAUUAAUAAAGUUAUUUAUAAUACUAAAAUAACCAUUUGAUGGUAAAAACAAAAUUUAAAUAUAUUUGA